AUGGCUGCUGAGCCGGCGUCAGCUACCGGCAGCGCCGCCACGUCGGCACCUGGUAGGCCUUACAUCAAGCAAGAGAGCGAGCCAACCGAUGGGCUAGAAGGGCGUUAUUCUGCGCCUCCUCCAGAGCCUACGUCAAAACGGCCGUUUGAUGACAUCAGCGCAACGAGCGAAACCUCAGAGGCCAAGCGAGCAAAAACCGAGACGGAAACCGAAGAAGCAUCUCUUGAGGAUGGUCUGGCCCUGCUCGUGCAAAAUGCGCUGUCAAACGUCGAAGACUUGAUCGACCAGUUCUCGAGCAACAGCGACAACGUCAACCCAGACGUAGAAACGCCGUCCGAUCCGAUGGAGGUCGAUGCGAUUCCACCGCUUCCAGAUUCGCCAGUGGCUCAACCCGCCUUUUCUCUAGAGCCCCAAAAGUUUAUCCGAAACGUCAACAUACAUGCGCUCGGAAAUCUUGCGUUAUCCAUCCUAUUGAUCCUGUUGCAACCGCCGUUCGACGAUACAAUCAAACUGGUUCGGGGCUCAGAGUCGGACAAGAAGCACGCAUUCUGUAAACUGCAGAGUUCUUUCCACAAUGUCCGUGAGCUAUACUCAUCUGAACCGAUAUUAUCAUCCGACCAGCUUGAAUUCAGAGAUCCGCAUCGCCGAGCCUUGGUGGAGGUCGCGAAUCUGGCGCAGCUAGGUUCUUGGCUGGUCGACGGAUCGCCGCAAGCACUCUCUGACGCCGACGACAAUUUCCUCGAGGUAUUUCAGUGCCAGUUAUCGGACCUACCCCACGGGAUGACCGAGUUGUAUCUAGGUAUCAAAACCCAGAGGGCCAUUGAAUUUCUAGUCGAAGGGGAGCCGGAUGAGCCGGGGGAGCCGUCGAGGGAUGUGCUUGGGGACGUCUUGACCCGAGGACUGGAGAACACCCUCAAGGAACAACAUGGUGAAGGGGUGCUCACUUCGGCUGAUCAGAGCUUUGUUUCCUCUGUAAAAACGAUGAAGGAGACGCUACAGGGGGAGAUUGAAAAGCAAUCCGAACCAGGUGCCUUGAGAGAAAAAAGCCCUGUAGAAGACCUUCUUCGAACUUUCUUGAAACACGCAAGGGGCAGGCUAAAAGCACUGCCAGACCUAGGCAACAAACUCGGUGUCUCAAUAGAGCUUGAUGACGACCAGGUGGCACCUGAGUCUGACGCAGCAGAAGCUCCGGGCAACGUGGACCUCGACCUGGACGACCUGUCCUCGUUCUUUGAAAGAACGGCUUCCGGGCUGGUUCAAAACGCCCUAGCGGGCUUGACGGACGAAGCAGCAGCGACAGGAUCGGUUGAAGGGGGAGAAGCGUCAACGCAGAAUGGCGACGCCGAACACGAGGCGGCAGAAAACUCCGCGCCUCAGACAAACGGCAAAAUAGACCUCAUGACAGACUACAAAGAACUGGAGGCUCUUGUUGCCGAAAGCACGUCCAAUUAUGUCAAAACAACUCUCCACGGACUGUCACCGGUCCCUUACCAACCAACAGUCGCCGCCGCCACCAGCACCACUGAGAGCAUGGCAGCUCAAUUGCCGUACCUAACUCAACUACAGCACCAUCAAGCGCAGCACCCUUACUACGCGUAUAGCCAGCCUCCUUCGGAACCGGUGCCGCCCCCAGCGCCCGGCGAGAACUUGCCCCCCAACCAGACUUUCCCGAGCGCGAUACUGUACGACAAGGCCCGGCAAGCCGCCCUUUCGAAAUCAUCAGCGCAUACCCGGCGAGAAGGUCUGCAUUCGACGCGCCGGCCAUGGACACAGGAAGAGGAGAAGGCGCUCAUGGCUGGUCUCGACAUGGUCAAGGGGCCACAUUGGAGCCAGAUCCUGACGCUUUUUGGGCAAAACGGCACCAUUUCCGACAUACUCAGAGACAGGACGCAGGUUCAGCUCAAGGACAAGGCCAGGAACCUGAAGCUCUUCUUCCUAAAGACCAACUCGGAAAUGCCGUACUACCUGCAGGCAGUCACUGGAGAGCUAAAGACCAGAGCGCCAACGCAGGCGGCAAGGAAGGAGGCCGAGGAGAGAGCGAGGCUCAAUUCCGAAGAGGACCAAGCCAAACUGCAGGGCAUCAUGGCCUUGGCUGGCGGCCUGCAACACGCACCCCACGGCCGGCAAUCGGCCAGCACGGCGAGCGCCGUCGGGACUGGAGCUGCGACUCCAGCGCAAUCAGCGGGUGCAGCGAGUGCAGCGAGUGCAGCGAGUGCAUCGGGUGCAGCAGCAGCAGGUCAAACCGCUUCUUCCGCGCGCAACCACGGCUCCGCCCAGAAAGCCGAGGGGGGGGUUGUUGGCCAGAACGCCCAGGCUUCCCUUUCGAGACCAGUCGCCACUCCGGCGUCGCAGAUGCGGCCUGGUGUUCAAGCCAACACGGCGCAUCUGCUCCAUGCCGUUGCUCAAGCGCAUCAAAGGCCACAUGUGCAACUCCCGCCGCAAGUUCCUCGGCCACAGGGUCAACAGCAGCCACAGCAACUGCGGACUCCGGCCGCGUCACAGCCAGCGACCACGACCACGACCACGACCACGACAACGACCACGACAACGGCAACGGCAACGGCAGCGGCAGCGGCAGCCACAAAUGGGGAUGGACCUGGAAAUGGGCAAGCUACGGCUCCGGCUCCGGCUCAAAAGCUUCAUCUCCCGGCACCACCGCAACAGCCACAGCAACCGACGACGGCAUCCGUCAACAAGAGCGCGGCACCUGCUGCGGCUCCUCCUCCUCCGUCUCCGACAGCAUCGCCGGCACCAAGUCUCCCGCAACAAGCCCCUGCGUCGGCCUCUCCUGCUCAAUCACCUCCAGCACCUCAAACUGUGCAAACCGCCCAGCCCGCCUCAUGUUCCCAGUCGAUACCCCUACUCGCUCUUGCACAACAAACACAGCAGCAGCAGCAGCAGCAGCAGCAGCAACAACAGCAACAGCAGCAGCAACAGCAACAGGCCUCAGAACAGCCCCAAAUAGCUCCUGCCCAAGAAACGCCCCCGCACGACCCUCCCCCUCAACAGGAGCAGAAUGACAAUGCAACCGAGGCAAGACUCCUCGAGGGACUUCAAGCCGUCGUAGCACAGAGCCUCUCAUAG